CCUGAGGGGAUAGCGGGCUUCGCCGCGGCGACGCCCAGCGCUGGCGGGCGGGCCCUGCCCGCGGCGAGCGGGAGCGGCGCCUCGCCUCUGCCGGAAGGGAGAGCGGGGCCGGCGGGGGGCUCGGUGCCCGGCGGGGCGGCGGGUGUGGGCGCUGGCUGCCGAGCUCUCCGCGGGCGGCUCCGGGCGCGCCGUUGCGGGGCUGGCUCGCUCCCAUCGCCGGGCGGGCGGCGGCGGCUCCGGGCGCCCGCUGACGGGCUGCGUGCGUGUGUGCGUGUCUCCUUGUCUCUGUCGUUCCCCCCUCCGUGUCGGAGCUCUCCGUCCUCUCUAACAAACUCUCUGCCUUGCUUCUCCCCCGUCCCCCGGGCUUCUGCUUUGUGGAUGUUGGCGGCUUCUUGUUGUGACAGGAGAAUGUGUGUGUGUCCUGGGCCCAGGCGGAUCGCAAUUCCAGUCCGAAGCUCCAGGCUACCAUUGUUGUCUGAUGCCAUGCCAGCACCAGCUCAUCUGUUUCCACUGAUUCGUAACUGUGAGAUUAGCAGAAUAUGCAGUACUGUAUGUUACUGCCACCAUAAACAUCUCUGUUGUUUAUCAUCUCAUUUUGCUCACAGUCACUUCAGAUAUGCACCUCAGAAGAAAUUUGUGGCACUUUAUAGGCCAAAGGAGAACUUUAAUCACUUUAUUCACGUGAGGGAUUAUGCUUCUACGCCACAGAGAUUUUACCUCACUCCUCCACAGGUCAACAGCAUUCUGAAGGCAAAUGAAUACAGUUUUAAAGUUCCAGAAUUUGAUGGUAAAAAUGUAAGUUCUGUUCUUGGCUUCGAUAGCAACCAGUUGCCUGCUAAUGCUCCGAUAGAAGACCGGAGGAGUGCUGCCACUUGCUUACAGACAAGAGGGAUGCUUCUGGGUGUGUUUGAUGGCCAUGCAGGUUGUGCUUGUGCUCAAGCUGUCAGUGAAAGACUGUUUUACUAUAUUGCUGUCUCUUUGUUACCUCAUGAGACUUUACUUGAAAUAGAAAAUGCUGUGGAAAGUGGCAGAGCUCUAUUGCCCAUUUUACAGUGGCACAAGCAUCCCAAUGAUUAUUUUAGCAAAGAAGCUUCCAAGCUUUACUUCAAUAGUCUAAGAACUUACUGGCAGGAGCUCAUUGAUCUCAACAGCGGAGAGACUACUGAUGUGAAAGAAGCUUUAAUCAAUGCUUUUAAGAGGCUUGAUAAUGAUAUUUCUUUGGAAGCUCAAGUAGGAGAUCCAAAUUCUUUUCUCAACUACCUAGUACUGCGAGUAGCAUUUUCUGGUGCAACUGCCUGUGUGGCCCAUGUGGAUGGUGUUGACUUGCACAUUGCAAACACAGGUGACAGUAGGGCAAUGCUUGGGGUUCAGGAAGAAGAUGGGUCUUGGUCUGCAGUUAAUCUGUCCUAUGACCACAAUGCACAAAAUGAACAUGAAGUGGAACGUGUGAAAAUGGAGCAUCCAAAGUCUGAAGAGAAAAGUCUUGUGAAACAAGAUCGACUCUUAGGUCUCCUGAUGCCUUUCAGAGCUUUUGGUGAUGUGAAGUUUAAAUGGAGUAUUGAACUACAGAAGAGAGUAGUAGAAUCAGGCCCAGAUCAGCUGAAUGACAAUGAAUAUACAAAGUUUAUUCCUCCAAACUAUCACACUCCCCCAUACCUCACAGCUGAGCCAGAAGUUAUACAUCACAAAUUACGGCCACAGGAUAAGUUCCUGGUUUUGGCCACAGAUGGGCUGUGGGAGACUAUGCAUAGGCAAGAUGUGGCUAGAAUUGUAGGGGAGUACCUCACCGGUGUUCACCAUCAGCAGCCAAUAGCUGUUGGUGGCUAUAAGGUAACUUUGGGACAGAUGCAUGGUCUCUUAACAGAAAGGAGAGCAAGAAUCUCUUCAGUAUUUGAAGAUCAGAAUGCAGCAACUCACCUGAUACGUCAUGCAGUGGGUAACAAUGAGUUUGGCACUGUGGAUCAUGAGCGACUGUCCAAGAUGCUUAGUCUUCCAGAAGAGCUUGCUCGAAUGUAUAGAGAUGACAUUACAAUUAUUGUGGUGCAGUUCAACUCACAUGUUAUAGGUGCAUGUCAAAAUGAGGAACUGUGAAUUUAACAUAGUGAACUAGUUACCAAAGUUGUAACAAUGGCCAGUAUGAGCAGCAAGUAAAAAACAACCAGCCAAUAAUAAAGCCCCCAAAACCCCUCAGCAAACAAAUCGGUUGCUUGCUAGAUACACCAUAUCUAUUGUUCCUGCCUUCCCCUGGAGCUCUAAAUACAUGGGAAGUGCUGUUGACCUAAUACAAAUUUGAAGAGGAUGUCAUAGCUUGGGAAAAGGUUUUUGUAAUAACUUUGCACUAUUGAUUUCAUUAAUGUUGCUAGAAGAAUAUCUUGAAUUUGGCAGACUCGGAUGAGGGAGGGAAGGAGGAUAAAGAAUUAACUAUCAAAGAUCUGGCUGUUCAAGAAACAAAGCCUGUUUAUAAAUAGCUGUAAAUAUCUACACAUUAUCUUAAAAGAAAAGAUGAGUAAAAAGGAGUAUUGUUGAAUUCUUACAGGGCUAAUUUGUGCAAAGUAGAUAUGUUUUUUUGUGAAUACUACUGUUUCUUUCAAGCAGAAGGUCACUUUAACCAAGUAAAUCUUCAGUGUAACAAAGUUGUCCCUCUUUCAUAUAGACAAUGUCAUUCACUUAAGUAUAUUUGUCUAAGUGUUGACUUUCAAUGCAGGUCUAAGCCAUAAUCAAUACCUGAGAUUCUGUUACAGCUUAAUCAUAUCUUAUGCGCAGUAACUUCUACACUUCUUGUGCAUCAAUAGUUGCUUGGCUGUGGGUUUCUGCACAACUUGUAGGGCAAUAAUACAUUACAACCUGCAGUAAGAUAUGAGAUAACUUCGUGGAGGACUUUAGUUUGCAGUAUGAAGAAACUUGCAGACUUUCAGAAAUUCACUGUUGUUCAUCAAGACUGUGUUGGCUUUCCUAAAGGUCAUGUCCUUCAUGGACUCCACCCCUGUCUGGUAUUACUUAUCUGGGAAAUAAAUUUUCACCUGAAAAGAUCAGGAGGUCAUUGCUAACCUCUUUGUAGCUUUGUAAUUUGCACUCAUUGUCACUUUGGCUAUUUCAAAUCAUCACAUACUGGAUGUCUUGCACUUGAACUCAUAUUUGUAAGUUGGGUUAAAAAUUACAAAUUACAAAAAAUUGAAAUACGGCUUGUAAAUAGUGUUUUAGUUGGGAAGCUAACUGGCAUGCAUGUGUAUGUUUAAUGCCUUUUUCUAGCAAGUCUUUAUUAGCAGCUCUGUAUUUCUGGACAGCUGCUGUAUGCAUGUUCUUACAGUCCAGAAUGCUAUCACAGAGCAAUAUCUGAAAUGGGUCUCUUUGGCUUGUAAUGGUUGAAGUUGAACUUAAGAUUGGCUAUAACUUGUGUGCCUGAAGUUGUUGGACUUGUAACUCUAAAAAGUAGGGACUGACAACAAAUUUAUUGGUCAUCAUUGCAUCUAUUUCAGAUAUGUUGCAUUGUAUACAGAUUUAUUUUAACCUGCCCAUAGGUUAAAAACUGAAAUGCUGGCUGAAAUACCAGCCCUUGAUGACUGAGAGAACACAUGUAACUUGAUUCCUGUGUUUUAGAGAACAAUGGUAGGUCAGCAUAUUUCACUUUACAAAGGUGUUUCAGUUAAAAUACCUCCCUAGGCUUCAUCAUAGCUAAUUAAAUCAACAUUUAAAAACCUAGCUUAUUUUGGUUAAUUGAGUAUGUGGCAUUUUCUACUAAAUACAGAUAUUGCCAAUUAAUGCUACUGUUACAUAGGGUACACUUAGUUUGAACAAUGAACCUGUGCUAUAGUAAACAUUGGCUCCUCAAAUGCACAAAUGUUAUGUGUACUUAGUGGCCUGCAGCUUCAAUAUGUCUGUUUCUUUACCCAACCUUAAAUAUCAGGAUUAAUGUUGCUGUGAGAUUAAUGAUAUCUAAGUUCACAGUCAAGAUGCAUACAACCCUUCUUUAUUUGAAGGGAAAAGGGGAACUCUAAAAUGCUUAGACAAGUACUGGCUGUUGACAUUGCUUCUGUAUGUUGUGUUUUGAUGACUGUCAUUAGCUAGGUCAAUAGACUUUAUGUUCGAUCAUUCAAAUGCAGUAUGUAUCUAAGCUGUUGCAGUAUUUAACUUUCUUACUUUUUUUACUGUUAAAGCUCUAUUACCUGUAUUGAUGUAUUUAACCUAUGAUUAUUGAUAAGGAUUUGGUACAAGUCAUAGCUAGAAGAACUGAACAUUGGUCCCAUGGAUACAACUUUUAUUGAGGAAAAGCUGCUUUUUGUAGUAAAUGUGUAUGUAUGGGGUCAGACAAAAUAAUAUUUAUGUAUUGCCUGGAGACUUGCUCAGUAUGUAUGCAGUGAACAGAAGCAGUGUAACUGCCUGCUGAACAGGUCACCUGAACAAACAUCUUUUAACAGAUUCCAAUAAAAUGAUCAAUUAUGCAGAAA